CAGGCCGUCGCUUAGCGACGGGACGCAGACCGACGUCGCGCCCGGGCUGCCCGAGGCAAAAUGUCCGAGGAAAGCCCCGAAGAGUGCCCGGAGCCCGUGCAGCUGGAGCCCAAGGCCCCCCCGGAGAAAACCAGCGACUACUACCGCGUGAGCGAGGACCUGCCGGUCAGGUUCAACAACCCGGCGUGGUUCCGGGGCUACAGGACCAAGAAGGCUGCCUCACUGUACAGGACCAGUAACCAGACGUACGGGAGCAGAGCCCCCACCGUGCACGAGAUGCCCAAAGUAUUUUAUCCAAAUACACAUAAAUUUUCCAGAGAACUUGCAGCCUCUGGAAUGUUCCGGAACAAUACUUUCAAUGUGUACAUGGAGAAAAGCCUCGUGACUGGCCCCGACAACUAUAUUACCUCCUUUGACCGGCUCAACUUCCACCCCAGUUACAAUGUCAGCAAGCCAUCCAUCUGCGAUUGAGGGGUCUUUUGGCUCUCUGGGGGGUCUUUUGGAAUCAUUGUCCCUGAUGGUUGACAGUUUGCCCGAUUGUAAAGGAACCGACUUUGCUGCUUUCCCUGAAAAUAUUUUUCCUCCCUGGAAUAGAAAAAUAUGCAAACGGGGCUGUGAAGUCCUGCUUUCUCUAUUUUAUAUCUAAGAUGUACGUGGAAAAGAUGCUAAUGUUGACUUUCCAUUAAAAACGUCAUGUCCUGAA